AUGGCAUCACAAGAUCCGCCCCUCGAUGAGAUACAAUGGAGAGAUCCACAAUGGCUUGCGCAGAAUACUGGUCUUCAUGAAAAUACCGUUCUGCACUAUUUUGCGCAAUCCCCAUUUUUUGAUCGUGUCUCAAAAAAUGCCAUCCUUACUAUUCAAGCUCAGAUGAAUCCAAACUUGAUGUACCUACUUGGAACCCGUGCAGCAUUCGAGGGGCGACUUAAAUCUAUGUCUGGACUGGAAUUUAUAGUUUCGCAAGAGCCUGCAGAGAAGACACCAGGUAGUGGUACCGGAGUAUGGGUGAUUAGGAAACAAACAAGAAGAAAAAGACCUCAAGAGGAUGAUGAAAUUACAAUCCACGCAUCGUAUUUUGUCGUGGGAGAGAAUAUUUAUAUGGCUCCUACUGCCGCUGAUGUAUUAUCAACCUUCAACGCACUCACAAAUGCUAUUUCAAAAGUGUCCGAACUACCUAAUUUCUCUCCCUCUCUGGGUCAUACAUAUAUGCCACCGGUUCCUCCACGGACAAAAGCCAUUACAUCCGCUUUCUCUCAAACUUCCAAAGAAAAUACACCAAUGCCUGAUUCUCUCGCGACUGAAACCAAAAAUUCUUCGAAUAAUUUCUCCAACAAUGUCCUCGCAAAUCAUCUUUUAGAAGAAACCCUCAAUAUCACCCUCAAAUAUGGUGACGAAUAUAUGGACGAAAAUCCUAUCACCGGAACUCCAGGUGAUUUCCAUUUCAGUACAACAGGUCGGAAGGAAAAAGAAAAGCUUAUGGUACCACCAACAUCAAAAGCAGCAGGCUUUGGUUUAAGUGGUAAACCUUCACUUCCUACACCAUUGAAGACGGAUCUGGGAAUGCAAAAGAAAGGAAGUAAGGGAGAGAAGAGUCCUAGAACUCCUGGUUCAGUGACGAUGAUUGAACGUAAAUGCUUACAAAACGUGGCAGUGGGUGAGGCCCCAGUCCAGUUACCCUGUCUGGUCAUUUUAGUACGGUGUUGUGGUGAGAAGCUAGGAUGUGGUGGUUGGCUUGGUUUACAGAGUAUGGAGUGCGGAGUAAUUGGUAAGGCUUGA